GGUCUUCCGUGUUUGGGCUGAAUUGUCUUAUAAAUCUUUCUUUAUAUUAUGUCAUUUUCGUUUGAUCCACACGGGCGUUAACAUCUUCGAAAGCAACAUGAGUAUUUCUUUAGUGCGCAAGCAUCUGCACGAGAUGGGGAUCCUUAAGCGCCUACCAUCCACGGGUCGGAACUAUAUACCCAUGGCCGGUCCUCCUCGAUUUCCGAUGAGUCCUGCCCAGCGUUUGAUCAUUGGCUGCGGUUCCUUGGUCGUCAUGAUGAUCAUUCCGUUCUACUGCCUCCUCAGUCUUCCUCGAUGGUCGAGGAUGCACUUGGGACUUCCGCCUGAGGAGGAGGAGCAGGUGGAGGAGCCUCCACCGCAAGAGGCCGGCGAGGAAAAGGACCAGGCGAAGAACAAGGACAAAAAGGAAGAGAAGAAGAAAUAGAUGCCUGACCUUAUGACACGCUUUCUCUUAAACGGUGACUUCUGAAUAACACUUUUCUGGGGCUUCCAUAAGGAGAAUUUAUCAACAGCACAGCAUAUUAAAAUCGCCAGAUCGAUCGGUUAAAUAAACUAGUUCGUGUGAUUAUCACAUUACUUUAAUCACAUGUGACA